UUGGUAAAAUUUCAGAGGCUCCCGAUCCGGCUUGUUCCGGCACAAAUUAAGCCCUGAUUUUACUGCUUGUUAAAAUACAAAGUGUAAGAUAAAAACAAAGUAUUGACAAAGUGCACAGCCCAUGUUUCAGAAGCAUUUGAAAUAGGAAGUGAAGUCUUUAAGGCAGAUACGGGGGGAAGGAAGCGCUCAUAUAUUGAAAGCGCAAGUGUACAGAUGAACUUGGGCACAGUUUGAGAACACAGCAUCAAAUGCUGAACUUUGAUGCAGAGAUGCUGUUCUGGAGCUGUUUAUUGUCAGUCUGUCUAUGGUUCAGAGUGACACCUACUAAAGCUGAUACAUGGACUGCUAAUCUGCCAUCAUCAGUUGUGGGUUUGUCUGGCUCAUGUGUGGUGAUUCCCUGUACGUUCAACUAUCCAGCAGCUGGAAAGACAUACACCAAUUUUAUUGGAAUCUGGUACAAAGGGUACUAUGAGUCAACAGUAUACAAUCAAGACUCCUCAAAAAUCAGUGACGAAUUUAGAAAUCGUGCCAGCCUUAUCGGGGAUUUGCGCCAAAAGAACUGUUCUUUGAAAAUCAGCUCUCUGAGACAAACAGACAAUGUGGAGCUCAUGUUCCGGAUUGAGAUUGAAAAUUUGGACAAGUACACUUAUGAUAAUAAAGUUUCUUUACAAGUGAAAGAAACGGCAGAACAGCCUAGCGUCUCUGUGGAAGAUGAACUGACAUCAGGGGAACAGGUGAGCGCUACCUGUGCCGUGUCUCAUUCCUGUCCGUCAGAUCUGCCUCAGGUCACCUGGAGCCACCAAGGCUCACACUCGGGUCCAUCACAGCCACAAGAUCACGGCCAAUGGAAACUUACAUCCUACAGCCUGACCUUCACUCCUUCAAGAGAAGACCAUAACACACGUCUCAACUGCACUGCAGACUUUAAAGGGAAGACAGUGACAGGCUACAAAACACUCACAGUUAAAUAUCCUCCAUAUAAUGUAAAAGUAGUCACAGGACCUCCAGUGAAGGAGAAUGACUCUGUAACACUGACCUGCUCCAGCGACAGCAACCCUACUGCAAACAGCUAUGAGUGGUUCAUCUUAAACAAGUCAUUGGUAGCAAAGGGAUCCUCUUAUCAACUGAUGAAAGUCUCUCGGCAUACUGAAGCCAUUUUCUGUACAGCCAUCAACACAGAGGGAAGAAACAGCUCUAAACCACAUCAAAUUAAUGUUCUGUAUCCUCCAUAUAAUGUAAAAGUAGUCACAGGACCUCCAGUGAAGGAGAAUGACUCUGUAACACUGACCUGCUCCAGCAACGGCAACCCUGCUGCAAACAGCUAUGAGUGGUUCAGCUUAAACAAGUCAUUGUUAGCAAAGGGAUCCUCUUAUCAACUGGCAAAAGUCUCUCGGCACACUGAAGCCAUUUCCUGUACAGCCAUCAACACAGAGGGAAGAAACAGCUCUGAUCCACAGAAACUCAAUAUAUUAUAUCCUCCUGAUAUUAAAAAUGAAUCGUCUUGCCAGUCUGUGAGCUCUACAGUCUGUGUCUGUAUUGUGGACUCCAACCCUCCCAGUGAAGUCAAGUGGUUGAUUCUAGAUUCCUCGAAAACCUUCCUCAGCUCCAGAACUGAAAUAAUAAAGUCUGUCAGCAUCUUCACUCUAGAAACUUGGCUGGGUUUCCCUGAUACUGUCCAGUGUGUCGCCACUAACAGCGUGGGAAGCUCUUCUAUAACUCUGAAAGCUCCUCUAAAUGGCAUGGUACUAUAUAUUGCUGUUGCAUCAGCUGUUGUAGUUCUUCUUUUUGUAGUUGGCAUUAUAGUGUAUGCUGUGAGAAGACACCGCAGGAAGAGAGCUGUACAACAACCUAUAUUGCAUUUGAAGGAUACAGCAAGUGAAAUGAAAACCGCAAACAAGUUUGAUUUAGAAACCUAUAAAAACAGUGAAGAAGAGAAAUGUUGUGAUGAAGAUGUUUAUACAAACAGCCCAGGCGGUCAUGUUUACGGUAACUGGGGGUGUGAAGAAAACUCUCCAUCAUCUGACAACACCUUGGAAGAUGAAUCAGUUUAUGCCAACACGUGAAGACAAAGAAACAUCAUCUGAAAGAUCACAAUUGUUUGUCUGACUUUGCUUUGAAAAUUUUCAAGCCACAAAUAUCCCGAAGCCAAAAAAAACAUGCUCCUUGGAAGUUUAAAUA